AUGUGCGACUGGUUGUACGGCUUUUGGCAGAAGUCGGGCCUCGGCACGGGCGCUGGCGGCCGAAGCGGCGGCGGCAGCUGUCGUAGCGGUCAGUCGUCGUGGCCGUCCGUGGGUGCUGAAGGCUGCUCUUGUGGCUCGGCCGUGCAUGGCAGCAAGAAGAUGAGCCACGUAGCCGUCCAGAGCAUUCUUCUUCUGUCACCGUCCACCGUCGCGUUCAUGCGGUUCGAGCGAGGGCGCGUGGCUGGCGAUGUAUCUCUUGCGGUCCAACCAGCGGCGGAAGUCAUGGCCUCCAUGACCAGCGUUUCCGACCCGCCCCGAGCGCAGACGACGACGUCCGUCUUGCAAAUGUCCAGCCUGCUCGAGUGCCCCGUCUGCAGGAACUACGCGCUGCCUCCCAUCAUGCAGUGCGAGAACGGCCAUCACCUGUGCGCCCCAUGCCGAAAAAACGUCGCCAUGUGUCCAGUGUGCCGUGCUCCCAAAGGGAACAACAGAAACUUGGCGCUGGAGAAGCUGGCCGAAUCCACGUUGUUUCCCUGCAAGUAUCGCUCCAAGGGUUGCACAACGUCUCUGCUGAUCGCCGACAAGAAGAGGCAUGAAAACUCCUGCGAGCGCGGGACCCGGAACCUGCACUCGCAGGCCGACAUUGACCGGAGCGGAGACGGUCUGGUGUUGGACAUGAGCAUGUCCGAGCGUCUCUGCAAUGGCGCCGACCUCGUCAUGGACGUCACCAUCAGCGUCGCGCCGUCCUUUAGCGGUGAUAACGUGCUGUAA